AUGUUAUGUCUUCUUACUAAUCAAAUAACACAUAUCACUGUUAAUAUUAAUAUUGAGAAAACAGAAACAUCUAAUGAAAAUGAACCAAAUAUAUUUGAAUUCAUAUUAAUAUACAGUAGAUGUUUAAAUGAUUUGACGUUUUUUCAAAAUUCUUCAAGAGAAUAUCUAACAAUUUCAUCUUUAAAUAGUUCACAUAGAAAUUCUCUAUCUUCAACUCUGACUAAAUUGAUAAUAAAUGUCAAUAGUUUUGAUGAUUGUCUGUAUCUUCUUAAUGGAUGUCUUCAAUCUUUAUCAACGUUGAUCAUUCGCAUCUAUAAAAUAGAUCGUUCAUCAUCGAUGAUAGAUAAUACAAAAAAACUUUUUAAAUUAAAAUGUUUUUCAUUAUCAACAGAUCAGUAUGUAUCUGAUUAUGAUAAACAAGUUGUUCCAUUACUCCAACGAAUGUUAAAUCUUGAAGAACUAACGUUAUUCCUUUCAGUAACACGAACUAAAUCAAGUUAUAUUGAUGGUAAUCAAUUAUACAAUGAAGUUCUUAACUAUAUGCCACAACUAAACAAAUUUAUCUUUAAUAUACAUACUCACAUUAUGACCGAUUAUAGUAAAAAAAAAAUUGAUCUUCCAUCAAAUUCAGAUAUUCGAAAUAGUUUUAUUAAAAGAGGAAUUCAAUCAAUUGACACAUGUUCCGAUGAUAAAUUAAUAAAUAAUAGAGGCAAUUGUCAUGUUUAUUCUCUUCCGUAUCAAUUCAACGAAUUCUUAUUUAUGGGUAGCUGUUUUAAAGGUGGAAGAUUCGAAAAAGUUCGAUUGUUAUUAAUGCAUGAUAAUCGUCCAUUUGAACAUAAAUUAUUCAAAAUAAUUUCUCAAGACUUUCCUUUUCUUCAAAGAUUAAUCAUAUUAAAUGAUAUACCAAAAAAAAAUAAACAAGAUCAUUCAUCUACAUUAAUUACGUUUAAUCAUCUAUUUGAACUCGAUAUUAUGAAUGUACAUCCUGACUAUGUCUUACAAUUUCUUUAUGAUAAAAACACUCGUCUACCUUGUUUGACAAAUCUCAUAGUUAGUUACAGAAUAUUAGUAAAUGUAACAAAUAAUUUUACUAAUGAUGGGACACGUCUCAAUUGUUCGAAAAUAAAAUCUCUAGUUACAUAUCAAACAUUUGUUGAUACACAAAACUUUUAUUCAUAUUUUCCUUCUCUGUAA